AUGGUAACAGAAGCACUUCCAGUAGGUUGUACUUCCUGUCCAGAAAAAAAAGAACCCACCCCUCGGAGGCCUAGUACAAGUAAAUCGUUCAGAUCCUCGGAACCUUCUCUAAAUACAAAUGCGCAUACUUCACAUGGAACGAAUUCCAUUGUUUCCGAGCCAGACGUUACGGCAAGUCGGCCAGCUCUUCAUGUAAACUCAAGUCCUUCGAAUGCGCCAAAUACAGCGGGUUCCGCGGGUGAAACACCUCCUCAAAGUCCCAGAGUACCUACUUUGCAAAAUACACAAAACACGACAAACCAAUUGCGACGCGAUUCGAGCUUUCGCAAAACAUAUCCAAGUGAAAAGCCAGGUCCAUGCGAGAAUUGCGCUCUUACUUUACCUAAGAAGACCAAGGAUGAUAUGCCCGCAAGCCCUAAACCUUCAGGGACUGGCAAACUCGAUAAUGGUCCAAUACUGCGAACAAGGAAGCCUUAUGAGCGAAUUGCAGGUCAGAGCACCCCUCCCAAGUCUGCAUCCUCAGAUUCAGACGAUUCGGAAUGCGCAAUCCAAAAAGAAGAACGGGAAGAGCAGCACCAGGCGCGGAGACUCUCGAUCAAAAGAUCCGACACAUCUCCUCCUACCUAUACCACCAGAGAAUUCCUUUCGCAUAACCACUUCGUUGACUAUACAUCAACGCAUGAACCUCUACAGCCCACUUCUUUCUCCAUUAUCCGGCAAUCUUGUCUUCGUACUCUCUCAUGUGAAACCCUUCCACCAACCUCAAAUCCCACACCCAAUUCCACAACCUCGUCCCCCUUUAUCUCCAGUUUCUCCUCUCACCUCACAUCUUCCACAACUACCUCAUCUGGCGGCCCAAUCUUCUUUGGCGAUCCAAUGGCUGGUUACACCACCGCAUAUAUAUUUCGCAUUCCUGAUCCCUCUGCUCGUGGCCGACGUCGAGUCUAUGCUUUAAUCGCCCUCUCCACUCAAAAAGAACGCAUGGCCAUGCGCACUUUUUCCUUCCUCGACGCUGCCUUCCGUGAUCUCGCAGAUUGGAUUGCACGCCUCGCUGAUGAAGAACUGGCACGUUCUGAAUCAGCACUCCAAUCCCCUAGACCUGGCGAUGAGAAAAAUGGCAAUGGGAAUGGCAGUGGUCCGUUUGGAGGUGGCGGUACGAUAACCACACCUACUUCAUCUUUCUUAAGAGGUGGUAAUAGAGGACCAGAUAGUAGAAUGGCUGGUGCGAGUUUGAAAGGAAGAGGCUUGGCUGAGUUGGUGGGAUUGCCUGAUUUUUUCAUCGAGUUGCAUAGUAGAUUUGUGAGAUUGUUGGCGGAGAUUGAAAGACCGAGAUAA